AAAAAAAAAAGAUGCCACUUGCCCAAAGCUGGGGGAUUCAUUCAUUCUGCAAAUGCCCCGGCAGCCCUCUGGACCCACACCCUGAGCUGGGCAAUGUUUAUGAUCAUAAGAUGCCAAGCAUCUGGCCGGGUUUCCUGGACCUGAGAUCCAGGUAGGUCUUCAAUCAGUUGAUUAUGAGACACACCUGGGACUGGUGACCUCAUCCCCUUUGCAUAGGCUCUGGAUUCAAAGCCAUGCAUGAGGCUCUGAGAGCUGUGCCACAUCCUGGGUCUCCCUCUUGCAGUUCUGUCCCUACCACACCCACUCUGUCUCCCCAUUGCCCUUGGCAGCAGGGAUUUUUGUCUCUCUCGCUUACUGCUGUGUCCCCAGUGCCUAAUGCCCAGGAGGGCUCGGUAAAUGCCCCAUGAGUAGUUGAACAGGUGGGUGCUGCAAAAGCAGCAGAUUGUUCUAGGUACCGGUUGCUUUGGGAGCCGAAGCUCUAAAAACCUCCUCUUCCAUGAAGCCCUCCCUGAUUGCCCCUUCCUACCUUCCUUACCUCUGGCCCUGGGUAUGUCUGUGUCCAGGGACUAGCCAGGGAGGGUCCAGGCCACUGAAGAUAUGACCGGGGUAUCUGUAGCGUUCACUGAAUAACUGCCCACACCAGGGAGAGCUUGUCAACUAUAAGAUAGUGAGAUGAGGCCUUCUCCUGAGGAGGGAACCACUUGGAGGGGUGUAGUCAGAGCUGGGAACCCCUUCCCGGGCCCUGGGUCUCGGCCCCUUCCUGGUCCCAGGAGCUCAGGACUGACGCUGUCCUUCUUGCCCACAGGGUCAGCUGGCAGCCGACCGGGGGGCUCAGCAGCCCCUCCUGGCUCCCCUGUCUACCUCGACCUGGCCUACCUGCCCAGCGGGAGCAGCGCCCGGCUGGUGGACGAGGAGUUCUUCCGGCGGGUGCGUGCGCUCUGCUAUGUCAUCAGUGGCCAGGACCAGCGCAAGGAGGAGGGCAUGCGGGCCGUCCUGGAUGCACUGCUGGCUGGCAAGCAGCAGUGGGACCGUGACCUCCAGGUGACCCUGAUCCCCACCUUCGAUUCCGUGGCGAUGCACGAGUGGUACGAGGAGACGCACGCGCGGCACCAGGCGCUGGGCAUCACCGUGCUGGGCAGCAACAGCACCGUGUCCAUGCAGGACGAGGCCUUCCCCGCCUGCAAGGUGGAGUUCUAGCUCCGGGCCAGCCCCCCGCCCCCGCCCCCCCCAAGCCCGGAGUCUGCCGCUGCCUGAGACUCCCCUGCACCAGAAAUAAACCAGGCACCCCA